UCCCAUCUCUUCUUGCUAGCAACGCCUCCAGUCAGGACGCUUUCGGCGGGUUCCGUUAAAAUGGCUGUUACUGAGAGUGAAAACCCAAAGCAAGAACAAUCGUAGUGGGUACAACUGCAUCCAGUAGUAUCGCUGGCGUCUGAUAAGGAAAACUAAAGACUGCCACGCAAUGGCUGCCCUAGAUCAAAAGUCCCCCAACGUCCUCCUCCAAAGUCUCUGCUGCAGGAUCACUGGGAAGAGCGAAGCUGAAGUAGCCCACCAGUUCCAGUAUGCUGUGAGAGUCGUCGGGAGUAACUAUGCUCCCACCAUUGAGAGGGAUGAGUUCCUAGUGUCAGAGAAGAUCAAAAAAGAACUGCUGAAGCAGAGGAGAGAGGGUGACGCUGCCCUGUUCUCUGAGCUCCACAGAAAGCUGCAGACUCAGGGGGUGCUGAAACACAGGUGGUCUGUCUUAUACCUGCUGCUCAGUCUAUGUGAGGACCCCAGGAAACCGUCCAGGGUUGGCAGUUAUGGGGCGCUGUUUGCCCAGGCCCUCCCCCGGGACGCCCACUCCACCCCGUUCUACUGCACUCGGCCCGGGAGCCUGCCCCUCAGCUACCCCGAGCGCUCGGGGCCCGGGGGCUCCCAGAUCUCCACCAGCAUGGGCACCAGUGGCAUCAGCAGCCUGGGGGUGUACUCCCUCAACGGGCCCACACCCACCCCUCAGCCCCUGCUGGCUGGACAUCCACCCCAGACAGCAGGGCAGCAGCUGGGUUCUCGGCUGGCGUGGGCCCUCCCCAACACCUCCGCCCUAGCACCUACCUCACGGGCCCCGCUCGGCCCCCCACCCCUGUCCACCCGGGCCCCCAGGCCACGCCAUGACGGGGACCUCACUGCGGAGGUUGGUGAGGCUGCACUGGUCAGAGACAUCCUGUAUGUCUUCCAGGGGAUCGACGGCAAGUUCAUUAAGAUGAGCAACACAGACAACUGCUACAAGAUCGACUCCAAGGUGGUGCUCUGUAAGUCUCUGAGGGACACCAGUAGCCGAUUGGCUGAGCUGGGCUGGCUCCACAACAAGAUCAGGAAGUACACUGACUCGCGCAGUCUGGACCGAGCCUUCGGCCUGGUGGGACAGAGCUUCUGUGCCUCCCUGCAUCAGGAACUGAAGGAGUACUACAGACUUCUGGCAGUGCUGCACUCACAGUUGCAGGUGGAAGAUGACCAGGGAGUGAACCUGGGAGUGGAGAGCAGUCUGACCCUCAGACGUCUCCUAGUCUGGACCUACGACCCUAAAGUCCGCCUCAAAACCCUGGCUGCCCUCGUUGACUUCUGCCAAGGGAGGAAGGGAGGGGAACUGGCAUCAGCAGUCCAUGCCUAUGGGAAGACAGGGGACCCUCAGAUGAGAGCUCUGGUGCAGCACAUCCUCAGCCUGGUGUCACAUCCCAUCCUCAACUUCCUCUACCGCUGGAUCUACGACGGAGAGCUGGAGGACACUUACCAUGAGUUCUUUGUGGCGUCUGACCCCACGGUGAAGACAGACAGACUGUGGCACGACAAGUACUCACUGAGGAAGUCCAUGAUACCCACCUUCAUCACCAUGGACCAGGCCCGCAAGGUUCUGCUCAUUGGGAAGUCCAUUAACUUCCUGCAUCAGGUGUGCCAUGACAGAACCUCACCAGGGAAAAUCACCCCGGCCUCCAAGUCUACAGAAUCCCCCAAAGAUGCUGCAGAGCUGUUAUCAGACCUGGAGGGGGCGUUCCAGGGAAAGAUAGAUGCAGCCUACUUUGAAACCAGCAAGUACCUGCUGAAUGUCCUCAACCAGAACUAUCUGCUGCUGGAGCACCUGCAGGCCAUGAGACGAUACCUGCUGCUGGGCCAGGGAGACUUCAUACGCCACCUCAUGGACCUGCUAAAACCAGAGCUGGCCCGCCCAGCCACCACUCUGUACCAACACAACCUGACAGGCAUCCUGGAGACAGCCGUGAGGGCCACCAACGCCCAGUAUGACAACGCUGAGAUCCUCAAGAGACUGGACGUACGCCUGCUGGAGGUGUCUCCCGGAGAUACGGGCUGGGAUGUCUUCAGUUUAGACUACCACGUAGAGGGUCCUAUCGCCACGGUGUUCACACGGGAGUGCAUGAGCCACUACCUGCGGGUGUUCAACUUCCUGUGGCGAGCCAAGCGUAUGGAGUACAUCCUCACCGACAUCUGGAAGGGACAGAUGUGCAACGCCAAGCUGCUUAAGAGCAUGCCAGAGCUGUCUGGCGUGCUGCACCAGUGCCACAUCCUGGCCAAUGAGAUGGUCCACUUCAUCCACCAGAUGCAGUACUACAUCACCUUUGAGGUGCUAGAGUGUUGUUGGGAUGAGUUAUGGAACAAGGUAGAGAAGGCCCAGGAUCUAGACCACAUCAUCGCUGCCCACGAAGGAUUCUUAGACUCUGUCAUCUCCCGUUGCCUACUGGACACCAACAGCAGGUCCUUGUUGAACCAGCUGAGGGCGAUCUUUGACCAGAUCAUAGAGUUCCAGAGUGCCCAGGACUCUCUGUACCGCUCUGCCCUGGAGGAACUCACCCUGCGGCUGCAGUACGAGGAGCGGAAGAAGCAGAGGGAUUCUGAGGGUGAGUGGGGCGUGACUGCUGAACAGGAGGCAGAGGAGAACAGGAGGAUCCAAGAGUUCCAGGAGACCAUACCAAAAAUGCGCUCUCAGCUACGGAUACUAACACACUUCUACCAGGGCAUAGUGCAGCAGUUCCUGGUGCUGAUAAUGACUAGUCCAGACGAGAGCCUGCGCUUCCUCAGCUUCAGACUGGACUUCAACGAGCACUACCGGGCCAGAGAUCCCCGUCUGAGGGCCUCGCUGGGGACCACCAGGGGCCGACGGCCCUCCAACAUCUGACCUGACGCACACCACCAUGUCACAGCAUGGGGACAGAGAGCCACACAGAAUCUGCCUUGAUAGUAUUUAUAUAUGACAUGAAGAUGACAUCAAAUUAGGGCUAGAUGGAAUAUGUUGUGAUGAUAUCACAAUAGAACCAGACAGAACAUUGACAUCACAAAAGAGCCAGACAGAAUCUGUUGUGAUGACAUCAUAAUAGAGCCAGGUGGAGAUGAUGCCGCGUUCAAAACAACUAGGAACUCUGUAAAAAACAAGCUCCAACUUGGAAAACCUGUUUUGAGCGGUCAUCCAACUAGGAAUUCCAAGUCGGGAACUCGGGGCCUCUUUCCAGUGUUCUGACUUUCCGACCUGAUGAUCACUGACGUCAUGAUUUAGUUUUUUUCUGAAUUCCCAGUUGUCUUGAACGCACAAUAAGAGGAUGAUGUGGUGACUUCACAGAUUCCAUUUGGCCCUGCAUUUUAACACCUCAAGACAAAUAGGGCUAACUGGGAUUCAUUUCACUAUGACAUAAACAAACAGAACAUUUUGAAACCCUGCCUCCUCCCUAAUGUCAUUGGCAAAUUACUCACACAAACACACACGCUAAAUUCACCAUACACACACACACACAUCCACGUUUCCCACUCUUUCACAGUCCCCUCUUGGGAGGUGUGGUUUUAGAAGCCUGUCAUUUUAGUAGUCUGCCUACAGCCUCCAGCAGUGUUCAUCCUCACCUCUUUGAGGUGUCUGAUAGGCUACCAUCACCGUGUGAAUUUCAUAUUGUACAUUUGAUAAUGAACAGAAUGUCUUGAUUUGAUUGGUUUGUUUAGAUGUCCUGUGAAUAUUUUGUUUUGUUUUUCUGACUGACGUUUGUUUAUUUUUCAUACCAGUGUCUUAAAGUCUGCGGUGUGUUUUAUAACUGUUAAUAAACACUUAUAGCUGUUUAACAACUGUGUUAUGGAACCAACACAGCAGGCUCCCACCCACCUCUAACGAGAGUCAAGAACAAUGCCCACAGCCCCUAAGGCUAAAAGACGGACGGACGUUAGGAUUUUAUUGGUGUUUUGUAUUAUUUAACUGGGUUUCUCUUGAUUCUCCUUGCAGACUAUGGCCUCUGUUCUGCAUGUCAAACUGUCAUGUUGAACCAGCUCAAUUCCUUAAUUGUACAAGACAGAUUUGUCAAACGUGUUGCACCCAACUUAUGCCACUUUCCUCUUCUGACCAUUCAGACAAACCUGGGAAAAUACUUUUGUCAUACUGCGACAUUAAACCUUGAAGAACCUACAAGUGGAAUGGUGACAUAACUAGCCAUUCAAAACCCCCCUGUGAUGGAGUAUACUGUAGUAUUCGGGUGCAUCUCAAUAGUCAGAGGUGGCUUCCUCACCUCCCUUCCCUUUUCACUGAUCCGAAAGCGAUAUGGAAGAUGCUUACCAGGACUUGCUUUCAUUCACCUGUCAGCAGAGCAGAUGAAGGAAAGGAGGCAAGGAAGCUAUUGGCUGCGUCCUAAAUGGCACCAUACAUAAUAGGGCCCCAUACAUAAUAGGGCCCCAUACAUAAUAGGGCGCCAUUAGAGAUGCACCCUUUAGUGUUUUAACCUCUCCCAGCAGGCUCCCCUGUCUUUCUUUCCAAUCACAAGUUCUCAUAAGGGCGUGCCAAGAGAAGAUGCUACUGGAAGACCUCUGUCUGUAAAUCCUGUCCAUUGUAUAGCACAGAUGUAUAGAAAUGACAUGCCAUGGACACAAACAUCCUGUCAUCUCUUUAAUAAUAAAGUCAAUUUUUUUACAGUU